AGCCUACAGUAAUGGGAGCAGCCUAGGGAGCCGCGAUGUAACUUCGUGACCUGCCCGAACUACAACUCAGUGUCUGCGGCUCCUCCUGGGCCAGGAGUCCUACUCCGCUGUCACCAUGAUCUCCACCCAGCUCAGUGGCGAUAUCCUGAAGCCGCAGUUCAUGGAGCAGCUGCACUACCUAAGAGAAAGAAGCAAAUGUCAUGAAGAGAAAGAUAGAUGUGACCACCUCGCUGCCUGUCUUCUGCUCUCCUCUAAGCUCAUCCAUAAUACACUUUCCCAACCUGCAGAUAAACCCAAAGGAAGGCCCAAGACUGCUAUGGCUGCAUUAGGGGGAAACACAUGGGAUCCAUACGAAACAACUAUGAAUCGUGAAUACACACAUAAAAUCUCAUCAACACAGGCAUUGCGUCCUCAGACAUCUAAAGGCUACAGGAACCCUUACAACUUGAGCGACCCGGCGGGGAUGAGUAUGUACAGCGAUGAGUUUGGCUGGAAGCCAUAUUCCAAACCAGAACUGAUAAGGGCAGCAACAUCCUCAGGAAUGAGAAGUAAUAAUCCCCAGGCGAAUGAGGCUUUCAAAGUUUGGAAGCUGUCUCGCGAGGAACAAAAGGCUGCUUUUGACACUUGCACACCUUUGAUAAGAGCACCAACAGUUGAAGAUUUCCAGAGAGCAAUGAAGGCCCAGUUCUCUUCCACUUACAGAGGAGACUUUUUAGGAAUACCACAAGGCUUUCAAGUUAAAUACGCUUUGACCCCUACCUUGAACUGGAAAAAGCAAAUUCCUCGCCCUCCUGAUACGGAGUCACGAUUUCAUUAUCAGAUUCAGCCACAGGCUCCUGAACUACAGAACUUCACGUACAAAUAUGGAUGUUAUGCAAACAGGCAUCUUCCUGCCAAAGGAGUAGUCCCUACAGUGCUAAAGUCUCAUAUCCAGAACCAAGAACACAGAAAGCAGCUGACUACGUAUCAGAGGCAUUUUGGAAAAGAAUAUAUUGACUUUUCAUCACUUGUAGGAUCAAUGAGCCCAGAGGAGCUAAAUACAUUUCUGUAUAGUGUGUCCCCUGAAGAAAAGGCAGCGGUCGAACGGAUUCUGAUUUCAAUUACAGGCCGCGGCUACCAGAAUUUAGAGCGAAAGCCGCCACAAAUGAAGGUUCAUGGACACCGGGCGAAGCCUAAAAAGUGAAUUUGAUCUUCAGUUCCUGGCAAUUGCGUGAUUGUGUGUGUGAAACAAUGGUAGUUUUUACCAUUUUCAGUUCUUCUACCUCACGUGAUACUGCCCCUAAUUAAAUUAGGUUCCUGCAACUGGGUCUGUAUUAAAUCAACAAAUCUAAUUUCAGUUUUCUCUAAUAAAAUGUAAUAAUAUAA